AUGGCUGACACCGCGACAACUCGGCCGCGGAGCGUUCCCAGCUACGCGCAACCUACCAUGAGUACCUCCAUCAAGGCUGUGAGCCCAAUACCAGGGCAAGCCCGUCCUACAAAUCUUGGCAGACUCCCGGUUAGCCAUCACAGCAUUGGAAAUCAAUCCUCAACUACGGGAGAUCCGUCUCAAGCCCAUGUGGGAACUAGGGCAAGUCCAUGUCAACCAGAUAGGCGCGCGAAAAAGGUGAAUGGCCCUCCUUUCUCGAACGAUGGCCACCGAGACUCUCUCAAACCCAAAGAGGCAUCUGAAAGCGACCCGGGGGAAGGUCCAUCACGGCCCAGACCAUUUGCCAAGGGCAAGGCAAGAGCUGGAAGCAUGAAAGGACGCUCUUCUUCUACUCAAAACAAGAAAAUUCCAUAUGAUCUGGGCCAGGACCUACGGGAAACUCGGGAAUCCAACCGGGAGACAAGAGAUUCUAACUUAGAAACAAGAGCAUUGAUCCGGGGGAUAAACAAUACCGUCGCAGCCCUACAAAAUGCAGUCCAAGGGCAGAUGGAGAACCAUGAGACUCAAAUGAGAAACAAGGAAAUGCAACAUCAAGAGCAGGUGGCGACGCUAGCUGCAAACCACGGGACUCAAAUGGAAGCCCAAGAGUCCCGGCACCAAGAGCAGAUGGCAGCGCUCGCCGCCCAGACAGGAAACCAGGAGGCACGACAUCAAGAGCAGAUGGCGACGCUAGCUGCAGACCACGGGACUCAAAUGGAAGCCCAAGAGUCCCGGCAUCAAGAGCAGAUGGCGGCACUUGCGGCAAACCAUGAGGCUCAAAUGGAAAACCAAAGGACCCAGCAUCAAGAGCAGGUGGCGACGCUAGCGGCAAACCAUGAGGCUCAAAUGGAAAACCAAAGGACCCAGUAUCAAGAGCAAAUGGCGACGCUAGCGACCCAGAUGAGAAACCAGGAGGCCCAAUAUCAAGAGCAGAUGGCGGCCAUUCCCCAAACCAUAGCUCGGGCAGUAAAGUCAGAACUCCACCCCGGUCUGGGGGUAUUUGUGUUCCGCAACGAGGAAGAUUUUGUUAGAUCCAAGAAGAAGAGUGGACAAAUCAUACAGCUCACCGGCCGGGUCUGGGCGCGAAGGCGCUAG